UUUCUGGAGGAUCAGGUCAAUUAAUUGACUACCUGAAAGACCGUGAGAUAUCUUAAUCCUCCUCCAUUCUACAUCUCAGAACAACCCCCAAACUCCACUCUGUUUUCGCUACCUUGCUGGAGUUGCCACAAUAUCUUCGAUAGCUUCGAGGUUUCGAUUGAUUUGAAACCUCCAAGAACAUGGAGGGAGACAGGGUCUCAGGGCUUGGCAAUGGCAGGCGAUCGGAAAAUGAUCAGGUGUUGCAAACCUUCCAGAAGAGCUUCGUGCAGGUGCAGAGCAUACUGGAACAGAACAGGUUGCUGAUCAAUGAGAUCGGCCAGAACCAUGAGUCGAGGAGCCCCUGCAACCUGGGACGCAACGUGGGGCUCAUCAGGGAGCUCAACGACAACAUCCGCCGCGUCGUCGACCUCUACGCCGACCUGUCAGCAUCGUUUGCCAAGUCUAUGGGAGCAUCGUCGUCGGGUGGCGACUGCUCCGUCCGCCUGCCGGAGCACAAGAGGAGCAGGCCUUCGUAGAGCUCACCUGCUUCAUGUUCCAUUUCUUUCUGCUUUCGUCUUCAACAUGCACAUAAAAAUGAUCAUAAACUAGAAGAAAAUAAAGAUUUAGGUAUUAAUUUGCCUAAAAGAAUUGGGUUGUCGAUCAAAAUGAAAUUCCAGUGUAUUGCAAUUGUAACUGCUGAAGCAAUGUUCUUUAUGUGCUUCAACCAUUAGCAUGCUUAAACAUCAAAAUGAACCAUCUCAAGUUCAA